CGCGCCUUUGUAGCCCACAUUUCUACCUCAACCGCGUUCAUGACGCAUCGUGUCUCUUGCCUAAUUAAUGUUCCUAAUCAAAUAAGCUUGAGUAACAAAAACAAGCCUCUCUCAACUUCAAAGUUAUCCAAGGCUGAAAAUACAUUUCUAUCAUUUGUCGAAGGAUUGCUAGCAUAUUAUCUGCCUUAUAUUUAAAUAAUUAGCCUGAAAGUUACUGGUUAACCUGGUUAACUACUUGGGCGCACAUUUUUGGAAAUCCAAGCCCAAAAGGUCCACUUGGCCAUCUACGAUCAUGGCGCCGCAGACGAGGUCCCAUGGCAACUCAUCCAACCCAUCCAACCCAUCUGGAGCCGUAACAUACAGGUCAACUCCUGCUCCACCUAAGCAACGGUUAUUUCCUGAGCGUGAACGCAGUGCUAAGCUCAGAACAUAUUCGCGUAUACACACUGUCCGAAAAAACUUGAAGCAGAAAACACUAACUCAGAUGGCUUUCGUAUCCUCUUCUACGUCUAAGGAAGAGCAUCUGCUCAAGUCUGAUGAUGAGCAUGAUGAAGAAGAAGGAGAAGAAGAAAAUGAUGGUGAGGAAGACGAUGCUCAAGAAGUCCAACCUAUCGCCCCUGAGGACACAGUGAAAUCCAAAAAGAGGAGCAGAGGAUCUCGACGCAAGACUGCGGGAGACGAACUAGCCAAGAAAAAGAAACCAAGAGAUACUAAAAGACGAAAGACUAUGGGAGACGUACCCAGCUCUAAUCCGUCAAGUAGCUUCCAUACUCAAACUUUGACUCAGUUCAUGUCAACUAAAGGAGAGAACGGCAACGAGGAUUGGCAAAUUAAUGACUCGCAAGAUGACGAUGCUGGUUUCAUCUUAGAGACCCCUAAGAAGACCAAAGAACCACCUGUCCCCUCCAAAGCCGGCGAACGCCAAUCAGAACUUAGAUCCUCGGUUCCGAGUCUUAUCGAGUCUGUUACCCCAAAAAACCGUCGGACGAAGGCGGUUAUCCCAUCUUCUACAUCGCCCACGACACCGAUGAUGAUGCGGUACAGCCCAGCACCACACAAGUCACCUCUAGUAGUAAAAUCCAUUAACUUGACAGGCCCUUCUCCUAUUCUCAAGAAGGCCAGCGAGUUGUCAAAGGAUCGAGUGAUUCCGGAUUCAUACAGCACUGCGCAUAGCUCACCAACCACACAGGCUCCAGGCUCUACAAUCAAGGCCACACCAAAGAAGACUCGUUUCGAACUUCCCGAGGAUAAAGAAAAUAUUACUCCAGGAAGAACUAAGCCAAAGAGCCCCAAGCCACUAAGGAAGACACCGGCACGGGAACCCUUACAGGAAGUACCUGAUUCCGAUGACGAUGUAAACGGAACGGGGGAUGUUGAAGAUGAUGAAGCUAGCACAGAAGACGAAAAUGCACCAACGGAACGAAAAGGAGAUGAGACCCAAGCCGAGCUUCUUUUGUCGGCAGACGAAAUUAGUCGUGAACUUGAAGAGAUCGGCUCUCUAGAGCCAAGUCGCUCUCGAUCAACAACUCCCACACCGAUCCCAAAGAAAACGCAUGUGCUUUCUAAAACGCAAAUAGCAACCAUGUCCACACAUUCUCCAGCUUCUGUAAUAGAACAAACGCCGUCGAAGCAUACACAGAAAAAACAACCAGAGGAAAGUCCGACAAAGCAACAUACUCAAAUAUAUACUCAAGGUAUCGAGAGCCAACGACUCCCCCUGGAGGCCAUUCACGCUCUUGGCCCCCAAACUGAGAACUCUGAUAUUAUGGUCUCUCUUCAUCCCGAGCCUCUGGCAGAGAUCAUCAACGGUACAAAGAAUCACGAAUUCAGGGUCUGGGAAAUCCCACCUACCGUAACUCGUGUCUGGAUUUAUUCAACCAGGCCGUUCUCUGAGCUGAAAUAUAUGUGCACUCUCGGCCCUGCUAAAGUACCUGGGGAAAUUCAGGACAGCAAGGGUGCUGGAAAUGUCGAGUUUAACCAAGGGAAAACUGCUGCUAAGUACGCCUAUGAGAUUAUUCAAGUCUAUGAGCUCAACGACCCUGUUCCCCUCGAGGAAAUGAAGAAAAGGGGUUGGGUGAAAUCUGCUCCGCAGAAAUACAUAUGGGUUCCUCCUGCGGUUGUUGGAGCACUCACGGCGAAUUUGAAGUGUGCUCUAUUCGGAGAAGACGAAGAAAUUCAAGCCGAAGCCGCGCUGGUGCCAAGCAGCCCCAACGUUAGUGAGUCGCAAGAACUCAAUGCCCAGCUCCAGGAUGAUGCAGAGUUCUCAACCCAACAUCAUUCCGACCAGGUUGACGAGGUGAUUCUGUCGAGCCAAUCCCCGCGUAGGUCUAGCGCCAGGAGAACCCAAUCGGCAAGGAAACAGGAUUUCGUAAAACCGGCGCCGCCUAGAUUAGAGCAUGGUUCUUCGAUUCAGUCACUACCAGCACCUGCAAGCCAAAGAACACGCGGCGCUGUUAGACCGUCGCAGGCUACCACAGUCUCAAGUCCGGCUCCAUCUCCCGAGAGAUUGCCUCCUCAGGCAAUACCCAUCCCCAGUGAUCCGCCUGUCCCAAACCUACAGAGCAGCAGUCCGGCGGCGUUCCGAAGAGCGCGGGACAACUCUCUAAGAUCCUCGCAGUUUCCUACGCGUAGCCAGAUGCUACCGGAUAGUUUGAUAAAUGACGAGAUUCAAGAGCCGCCCCCGAUUAUAUGGGAUUCCGCGGACGAGCAGUCGGAUUAACGAGUGACGAGCAACAGAAUGAAUUAGUUUAGUUAGUAUACGGUGUAGCUGUAAGAUAGGAGGUACUGAAUAAGGCGUUGUGGCAUGGAUAGGUCGUUUUGCUUAGCUUGGCAGGUAUGAGAGAAUUGCUUAGUAUAGGGAGGUAGGUUGCUUGGAGUUUCAAUGAUGGCAAGGCAGGGCAAGGCAAGGAGAAGGAGAAGGAGGUAUGGAUGUUUAGGUCCGGUCUGUAAGAGUAUGAGGGAGAGAUCGAAUCACGCACGCUCUGACGUAGCGGUAUGUGUUAGUUAGGUAAUAAUGGUACGAAGUUUUUUAUUAUUA